AUGGAUUGGGGUAGUGUAACGGCGCAGGACCUGGUCGAUGCAUUGCGGGAGGUGGAGUGGUCCUCCCCGCCGCGUCCCGUCUCCGAGUUCUUCUCCCGGUUCACCGUCCCCAGAUCCUACUCUAAAUGGAGCAGCCGCCUGAAGUGUAACCUGUACUAGUAAGUUUUCAGAUCGAUCGUCUCUGUCUUCUCUCUGACGUUGAUGAUCUAUGAGUCAUUUAUCGCCAUCUUUUCGGGCGAAUAAGGGGUUCCUCUUAAUUUUUUUGAAGACCUAAAAUUUGCCGAUGUUCCCCCGUCAGGAAAUAUAAACUUCUUUUCGGCACCAAAUUUCAAUUCUUGCCUUAUUUUGAGAAACUUUCAUUCAAAAUCAAAUAUCAACGUUUCACGUUUGUCUCCCCCCCUCCUCUCAAGGAAUCCUCAUUUCUGAUUGGCCCGAAGCAACUUAUUUAAGAUAGUUUUUAUUUAAGUUAUUUCUAAGGAUUCAAUUUGCUGACCGAGAAACUAUGUUUAACUGUGCGCUUUGUUGUAUAUUUUAUAUUUCUAUGCAAACUUUCAGCUAUCGGACGAAUUACUUCAUCUUGAUGAUAUUCAUUCUCGGUACGUUGGGAUUCAGAGAAACCUCUUUUACGAAUUACCUGCAUCCUAAAGAAGAGCUAAUAUUCCGCCAUUUGUUCGUUAUCAAGCUAUUGGAUUUCUUCGAAAGCCAUUGGCCAUCAUUGCUGCGUUGUUAACAGGCUUCAGCAUUGCAUUACUUAACGAUAGGUAAGUGCUUUCUAUGCCUUUUUUGAAAACCCAAAUAUAUUUGAUAAAUGUGCUUAAAAAUUCCUUUCAUGAUUCUCCAAAUUCUGAUGUUUGUUCAGUCGUCUGUAGUCAGCCAGACAAACUCCUGGGCCAUGUGUAAUACAGGGUCCCCUGUGAACAAAUUUAAUCAUACUAACUGGCAUGGCAUCUUCCAAUGUCAAAUCUUAUGCUUCUGCAUGUCACAUUUAUUUGUCUGAGCCAUUUAUAGGUGUCUUUCCUUCUCAUUCGAGAGUCAGGCUAUUAAGCUAUGUUCCGAUUGGUUUUUUUUCUUUUUCAAGCGUCCUAAGUCCUGAAUGAUCUUUUUGCCAAAUAAUCUGCUGAAAAUGGGGAAUUGAUAUUAUUACCUUCGAUUCAAGGAAACCAAAUUUAAGAGAGAGAAAAACGUCUAGAUCUGCGUAUCUCCCAAAAAGGAAUUCACUUGUCAGAGAAUAUAAGAUUUUUAUGCUGCUGUCAAGAUCUUAGAGAUUUUAUCCUACAUGGGAGAUUAUUUGUAAAUGCUAUCUAACGUACUUGAUAUUUGACCAAAUUCGUAUGUCAAUUCUAUCGAAUCCUUAUCUCAUUCAUCUUAUAAACUUCCUGUAGUUCUAUUUUCUUUCCUUGGAUCACCCAAGAUAGAAUAAAAAAAGGUAUCAGCUUCUGUCCAAAUUUGUUAUUGUUUGCAAAGAAUGUUUAUCUUGUUCACUCUUUCCUGAAGAGGUGCCCUUUAUACAAAAGGAAAAACAAUUUGGUAAAGUGAAAGGUUAAUAGUUUCCUAUUGGUAUUUGCAUUCGAAUGUAAAAACUUGUGAUAUUGGUAUUUGCAGAAUAUCUCCCAGGAACUAGCAUAUAUAUGCUUAAGAAAAAGAUGAACAAUGAAUCAUUCAUUCAAAAUGUUGCAUGCAUACAAACAUCAAUAAGUGUAAUUUUAUUUAUUUAUUUCUGACCAUCUAAUUAUUUAUAGUGAAACUUUGUUGAAGGGAUGGAGUUCCGUUUUACUGAAAAUGAGAAUUUACGGGGUGAACGUGAGACUAAAGGGCAUCUUUAUCUGUUCCUAUACAUGCAAUUUCACAGAUGUGUUUGCAUUUUCGUACAAAUGUAGAGUUAGUCUCGUAGAUUGCUUUGUUCAUGCACUAUUCUCCAGGACUACUAAAAUGGUGUGAGCUGGGUUAUAUUUGGUGGGUAUCGUUUUAGUAAAUAUUAAUCCAACUAUUUUUCUCUGCACAUCACUCGGAAACUGUGCAGUUUGGUCUUCUAGGUACCUCUAUAACAGUCAUCUUCAUUAGAUUUCUGUGAUGAUUGAAAAGUCUUAUUUGCAGAAGUAUCCCCAUACAGCCAGGAUGCUUGUAUCUUGUGGCACGAGCUGCAUUCUCUCUGCUUGUCAGUGUCCACGCUCAUUUGGUGGUAGAAUGACCAAAACUACAAAUUUUGCCAAUAGGUUGCGGAAACUUUCCUUCUGGAGUCUUGGUUUUUUAAGGUGGACAGUGAGAAUGUUACUGCUCAUUCAUAAAUAUUACUGACAUGCAAACUAGAAUGUCCCCGUUUACUUGCCGACGUGAUAUUUUAGUCAUGGUUGACGAUUUCAAAGUGCCCGGUUCGUUCCUAGUAGUGUAGAUUACACAUAGCACAUCGUAAUAGUUUAAUGUCACUAACUCUAUUUUGUCUAUUAUCCUCUUUGUUGUUGAGUUUGAUUUGUUGUUUGGUUAUUGCAUAUUCUCUUCUUUUUUUUUUAUACAUCUGCAGCUUUGCUGUUACUUUUAAUGAGAAAAUAACGAGGAGUGUGAGACAAAUAUCUCCGCACUUGGCUGCAAAGAUGAGACCACCUAUAAUGUGAGCAUAUUCAUCGGAUAUCUAUAUCAUAUCUGUAAUAUUGCGCAUUCAUUGUGUUAAAUGGAAGAAGCGUAUUAAAAACUCUAUACCUGCAGGCCUGUUCUUCGUGGACGACCAUCUGUGAAGAGAGCAAUUCACAUAUGUGGGCGACCUCGUUGGAUGUUUGUCUUGAUAUUCUCGGCAGGUAUUUGACAAUUCCGCGUGGUCAUUUUAAUGCUGACUUUUUGGUGUCCUCCAAAGUGUUUCAAGUAACAGUUGUGCCUUGGAAAUUUCAGCCAGUUCCACUGUGUGGAUUAUAUCGUGCAGUCUACUCACUGUUCUGUGGGCACUGCUCAUUGGGCUUUUUGGUAAUCGCAUCAUCUACUUCUUUAGUGCUUAGUGGCCUUUUUUUUUUUUUCGAAUGAGCACUUAUUGAUAUUUUUCUUGAUUUGUAUGUAGCAACUUUGCUUCAUGGUACAUUUAGAACGCCAAAUCUGAAAGCGCGUCUGAACACUUUCCGUGAGGAAUUCCGUGCAGUAUGGCGCAACUACAGUGAGCUUUAA